GUCUUCUAAAGGGCUUCGUAUAAAUUAGCUUCUUGAAACUCACAAACUAUAAGGUACCUGACCCAGGCAAAGCAAAUACAGAAUGGUUGGACAUAAAUAGCUCUACUGAACUUACAUGCACAAAUAAAUAAAUAAACAGCCAAUUUUAAACCUGAUAGGAUUUUUAAUCAUUCAUUAACUUAGCCAUCUGGUUAGGUCAGGAUCUAUCUGCAGGCUAGAAAGGCUGUUUUAAAAGGCAGAGUAGUGGCAAUAAAUGACUUGUUCCCUUAUCUAACCCUCCAGGUUAUCUGUGCUUACAUCUACCGUCAGCCCUAGGCAAGGUAUGCCCCUAUAUGCUCUACCCUUCACGGGAAGGAGGGAGUUAUUACAGGUCAAGAGUGUGAUUUCUGCCUGAGGAGGAAAAGGAGCCUGGGUGGUAUUGGGGUGCUGACUUUAUUUUAGCAGUGGUUCUCCAACUUGGCUGCAUAAUAGAAUCAGAUUCUGUGGAGUGAGACUCCGGUGCCAAACCUUUAUUAAGCUCCCCAGGUGAUUUCAGUGUGCAGCCAAAGCUGAAAAUCUUUGCUUUGGGACAAAGAGUCUCAUUUAAGUGCCCAUCAGAAUCACCUGGAGAGCAUGUUAAAGUUACAGAAGCCUAGGUCCCAGCCUCAGAGUUUCUGAUUCAGUAGGUCUGGGGAGGGACCCAAUAAUUUGCAUUUUUAAAGGGUUUCCAGAUGAAGCUGAUGUUGCUGUCUUACACUUGGAGAACCAAUCUUAGAAGAGUUUGACUCUUAUUAUAUACUGGAGUUCAGCUGUGACUGGGGCGUAAGAGGAGGAAUGAAAAUUGGCAGAAGGAGAAGACAGAUACCACUAGCUCCCCUCUUCUCAAAGGUCAACCUCUUCCCUGCCUCUGCAGCGCGACUCCACUUUACCCUCGUCAUUAACCUUUCUCUCCUCCCCUGCCCCGCCCCCAGCGUCCUGACGUAGUUGCGCGGACAACGUGCACCUACGUUCAAAGCGCCCAAGGAGCGGUCCGCGGAGGCGCACCGCGUGCUGCGCAGGCGCAAGGGGCGAGGCGCCGGAGCAGCGGUCAUGGACGGCGUCAACCCGGUGCCUAAACUCUACAGAUCUGUAAUUGAAGAUGUAAUUGAAGGAGUGCGGGAUCUAUUUGCUGAAGAAGGUAUAGAGGAACAAGUCUUAAAAGACUUGAAGCAGCUCUGGGAAACAAAGGUUUUGCAGUCUAAAGCAACAGAAGACUUCUUCAGAAAUAGUGUCCAUUCCCCUCUGUUCACCCUUCAGUUGCCGCGCGGCUUGCACCAAACAUUGCAAUCAUCAACAGCAUCAUUACUUAUUCCUGCUGGUAAAACUCUUCCCACUUUUAUCACAGCAGAACUGGGCACCUCAAACUCCAGUGCAAACUUUACUUAUCCUGGUUAUCCUGUUCACGUACCAGCAGGUGUGACACUACAGACGGCAUCUGGUCACCUUUAUAAAGUUAAUGUACCAAUCAUGGUGACACAGACUUCUGGAAGAGCAAAUAUUCUUCAGCAUCCAUUUCAGCAAGUAUUUCAGCAGCUUGGGCAGCCUUCAAUAAUACAGACCAGUAUUCCACAAUUAAACCCAUACUGUCUUGAAGCAACUACUGAAAAAUCACAGAGAAUGGAAACUGUGCUCCAACAACCUGUAGUUCUUCGUUCUGGGACAGUGGAUAGGAAACAUUUAGAAAAUGCUACUGGUGAUACUCUUAUACAUCCUGGAAAUGAGCAUAAAAUCAUGUCUGAAGCUUUAUUGAGUCAUCCGGAAAACUCUCAGUAUAUCAGCCUUUCAGGUGUUGUAUUUCCUCCACAGGUCUCUCAAAUGGAUUCUGAUGUGGAGCCAGUGCUCAGUGUUUCAGCUAGCAUGACUCAAAAUCUGCAUGGUGGGCCCCUGUCCACAGGCCCUCAGGGGGCUCAGCACCAGCACAUGCCUGAUGUUCAGCUUCGUGUUCUUAAAAAUAGGAUGUGUGGAUGUGAUUCUGUAAAGCAGCCAAGAAAUACAGAGGAGCCCAGCAGCCUACCUGUCUCAGAGAAGGAUUCUAAUUCUCAGAUGGAUUUAAGCAUUCAUGUAGCUGAUGAUGAUAUUAAUGAGAUAAUUCAAAUAGAUGGAACUGGAGAUACAUCUUCCAGUGAUGAAAUAGGAACUACAAGAGAUGUAGAUGAGAACAAAUUUCUAGGGAUUACUGAUGCAGGAGACCUGAAGGUACUUGAAGAAGCCAGCAGUAUAUCAAAUGAAGAUUCAACGGCCAACAGUAGUGAUAAUGAAGACCCUCAAGUAGACCUUGUGGAAGAGGACCCUUUAAAUUCUGGAGAUGAUGUUAGUGAGCAGGAUGUGCCGGACCUGUUUGACACAGAUAAUGUAAUUGUCUGUCAGUAUGAAAAGAUUCAUCGAAGCAAGAACAAAUGGAAAUUCUAUUUGAAAGAUGGUGUUAUGUGUUUUGGAGGGAGAGACUAUGUAUUUGCAAAAGCCAUUGGUGAUGCAGAGUGGUAAAAUUGAUGAGCUCAGUACAUCAUUAACCUCAGUGGGACUAUAUCACAUGUUGUUCACU